AUGGAUAAUGUACGAGUAGCCGUAGAAUGCGGUGUUGACGGAGUAAACACCAUGAUGGGAACGUCGGCUCUUCUUCGCCAACAUUCUCACGGCAAGGAUGUUGCCCAAAUCAUCAAGGCAGCGAUCGAAGUCAUCGAGUACGUCAAGUGUCGGGGCCUCGAGGUCGGAUUUUUCACCGAAGACUCCUUCCGAUCCAAUCUCGUCGACAUCCUUUCCGUCUACAAGGCCGUGGACACAAUUGGGGUCAAUCGCGUGGGAGUUGCAGACACCAUUGGUUGCGCCAACCCGCGUCAGGUCUACGAUCUGAUACAUACCCUUCGAGACGUUGUCUCUUGUGAUAUCGAAACCCAUUUCCAUGAUGACACCGGCUGCGCCACCGCGAACGCCUACACCGCCCUCGAAGCUGGCGCCACCCACAUCGACGUCACAGUCCUCGGCAUCGGCGAGCGCAACGGCAUCACGCCCCUCGGCGGUUUCAUGGCGCGCAUGGUUGUCGAGAACCGCGAAUAUGUCACCGGCAAGUACAAUCUACACUUGAUUAGGGAAUUGGAAGACAUGGUCGCCGAGGCUGUGCAGAUCAACACCCCUUUCAACAACCCGAUCACUGGAUUCUGUGCCUUUACACACAAGUCUGGUAUUCACGCCAUGGGAACUUUUGGGAUCACGCGAUACGUCCACUUCGAGUCAAGACUUACGGGCUGGUAUGCGGUCAAGACUCGCGUGAGCCAACUUGGCCUGGACAUGCCAGACGAUCAAGUUAAAGUUGUAACCGAGAAGAUCAAGAUGCUGGCCGGCAUUCGGCCAUUGGCUAUCGAGGAUGUGGACUCUAUCAUUCGAAGUUGCCAUCCAGGUCAAUCGUAA